UCUCCCUCUUCCUCUCUCUCUGUCUCUCUCCCCCUCUUGUCCUGUCUCUCCCCUCUCUCUGUCUCUCUCCCCCCCUCUCGCUGGGACAACGUCUCAUAUCCUGGCGCAGUUCCCUGUCCCUCCCCCGUCUCCAGCACUGCCACCAGACAUGGAGUCCGAUCUCCCGGACAGGAGGACGCUCCGCUACAACCCCACCGUGCUCUAUGGACACUACACGGAGCAGGAGCCCGACCCCCCCAAGAAGGGAGCCCCCACCCACCUGCAGGACGGGCACUCGUGGCGGGAGCCGGGCGGCCGCUCAGGGACGCCAGCGGCGGAAGAGGGGAAGCGGGACCAGGGGGCCUGCUGGGCAGCGAGACGCUGGUUGUACCAGCGUUUGGUCAGCUCUCUUGGAGAGGACUGGAUCUUUCUGGUGCUCCUCGGCCUGGUGAUGGCUCUUGUCAGCUGGGCCAUGGACUACAUCAGUGCGAAGGGCCUGGACUUCUACAAGUGGCUUUACGUCCUGGCAAAAAGCAGCAUCUGGCUACAGUACCUCGUCUGGGUGGGAUUCCCCCUCGUCCUGAUCAUCUUCUCCACCCUCCUCUGCAUGUUCGUCUCCCCGCAGGCCGCAGGCUCUGGGAUACCCGAACUGAAGACGAUUAUCCGCGGUGCGGUUCUCCAGGAGUACCUCACCUUCCGCACCUUUAUCGCCAAGACAGUGGGGCUGACGGCGGUUCUCAGCACCGGCCUGCCUGUCGGCAAGGAGGGGCCGUUCGUGCACAUCGCCAGCAUCUGUGCUGCACUCCUGAGCAAGUUCCUUUGCUUCCUCAGCGGGAGCCUCGAGCAUGUGGCGAGGACCAUCGACCGCCUCAUCCCCACCGCGGCUAUCGGAGUUGCUUGCUGCUUUGGCUCCCCGUUAGGAGGGGUGCUGUUCAGCAUCGAGGUGACCUGCACCUACUUUGCCGUGCGGAACUACUGGCGCGGGUUCCUCGGGGGCACCUUCAGCGCCUUCAUCUUCCGCGUCCUCUCUGUCUGGAUCAAAGACGCGGCCACCAUCACCGCCCUCUUCAAGACCAACUUCCGCGGGGACCACCCCUUUGACCUGCAGGAGCUGCCGGCCUUCGCCAUCGUGGGCAUCGCGUGCGGAUUCCUGGGGGCGGCCUUCGUCUACCUGAACCGGCUGUUUGUCAUCUUCUUGAAGAAACGGAACGUCCUGACCCGGAUCCUGAUGAAACAGAAGCUCAUUUACCCAACAGUUUUGACGUUCAUUCUUGCAUCUAUUAGCUUCCCUCCCGGCGCAGGACAGUUUAUGGGAGCAGAGCUGAUGCCCCGGGAAACGAUCAACUCUCUCUUCGACAACUACACCUGGAGCAAAGUGACCGACCCGAAAGCGCUCGGCCACUCCGCGGCCUGGUUCCACUCGCGGAUCAGUGUCUUCCUCGUCCUCGCCAUCUACGUCGUCAUGAAUUUUUGGAUGGCAGCCGUGGCCUGCACGAUGCCCAUUCCCUGCGGAGCGUUCAUCCCCGUCUUCAACAUGGGUGAGUACUGUUACUCCCUCCCCUCCCCUCCCCUCUGCCUCCCCUGCUCCCUCCCCGGGCUGCAUCCGGGCUCCGCCCGCGAUCGCGGACGCGGGCCAGCACGCCGUCCGCACCUCUCCCUGCCUCUGUGA